CGUGAGCCCAUCAAGGUUAACAACAGGUGAGAGGCUCAUCUUUAUCUGUGAUCUUGUCAACAGUAAGACUUCGGCGGAAGAAGCGAGGGGCAUUGAGGCACUCACUUUAUGAAGGGUCCUGCAAGAAAAUGGCUAUGCUGUGAAAUUCAGCCGCAGAAAAAUUCUGAGAAGACUCCGGCAAGAGACACUUUUCAUUUAUCACCUGAUACUUAUUCAACAGCCAGUUUGGAACCAAUAAAGCCUCUGUAAUGAGUCUAAGAUAUCCUAAUUCAGAGAUGACAAUGGAGGACAGAAGCAGCCGUGGCGGAGGCAGAGAAAGGCUGGGACUGAGCUUUACUAUUGACUACCUUCUGUUCAAUAAAGGAGUCAAAGGUCCUAAAGAAGAAGCGACAGGAAGUCGUACAGCAGAGCAGACAGCGAACAACAUGCUAAAUCAUCAGAAUCCUAAACCCAAAGAGGUGGAGAUUCACUCUGAGCUACAGGAGGACCGGGUACAGAGGUCAGAGGCAGAGACUGAAGAAAGGAGAGUCCAAGAAGAGGAGGGGGAUGAAGAGCAACAAGAGGAGGGGGAGGAGGAAGUGACCACCACCACCGCUACCAGCAGCAGUCCAGCGAAGUCCACGGACAAACCCAACCAGUCGUACAUUGCACUCAUCUCCAAGGCGAUCCUGGCGUCAGAGCAGAAGAAACUGCUGCUGUGUGACAUCUACCAGUGGAUCAUGGACCACUACCCGUACUUCAAGAGUAAGGAUAAAAACUGGAGGAACAGCGUGCGUCACAACCUGUCCCUGAACGACUGCUUCAUCAAAGCAGGCCGCAGUGACAACGGUAAGGGCCACUUCUGGGCGAUUCACCCCUCAAACUACCAGGACUUUUCUAAGGGGGACUUCCACUGUCGGAGGGCGCGGCGAAGGGUUCGCCGGGUGGCAGCACAGCUCUCCCUUUCCUCCCUGAGCUCCCCCUACCACCAUGCCAACGUCCGACCCCACAGAGUGACCUGUUGGUGCUGUCCUCAGGUCCAAACACUCCCUCUGCCUUGCUUGGCACCCAGACUCUACUGGCCAUGGUUCAGCGGCAUGCAGCAACAAGCGGGGCUCCUCCCUGGCCUGCGUGCCUCUGUACCUUGAGAGUGAAUAGUUUGUGUUUUGGAGGUAUAGGGUGUUAUUUGCAAACGCAUAUGCCAUUAGGUGAUGUGACAAUGAGAGUGGAGUUGGACAAUAUUACAUUAUAUUCUGCAAACUAACGGUAAACUGAUUUUAGGGUGUCCAGUGAUUAAAUAAAAUGUAUGAAUCUUAUGAAGCCGCACACAAUGUUUUCUUGUAAUCU